AUGUUGAAAAAUAAGAUUCCCGCCCACCUGCAAGCCGAAAUUACUUGCCACCUUACAAGCCAGCUUGAAUCCAAAAUUGGUGCUACAGGUAAGCCUCGCCAACCAACGUGCCUGCCCGUUAAAGCCAUUCAAGAAUCAAAGAAAUAUCUGAAGUCUACAAUUGGCCUUUCCGAAAUCGGAGAUUCAUAUGAUCCAGAAAUAGGCGCAUCUCUAUCACACGAAUCCCCACUCAAUAAAUAUAAGUUAGCAGUCCCUGAACUCCAUCUCGAUGAGGCUUUGGUAAGAAAGGAAGAAGAUGAAAAAAUGAUAGCUUCAACAGAAGUUCCACCUCCGUAUGCAGAAAGUGGUCACCUCGAAUGGUCCACAAAAGAGAUGGAAUUGUCAAGGUAUCGGGAGACUCGAAUAAUAAAUUCCUACCUCUCCGGGAAAUCGAAAUCUCCUUGCCUAUUACAUGGAAGAGCGGGAUCAGGGAAAUCAAGCCUUCUUAGGUGGGCAAUAUCAAGGUUUAAGGUUAGUAGUGUAAACGCCAACGUAUUUCUUCUUUUUUUAUAA